UAUCGACCAACUCCAAUCAGCUCGCAGCGACGGAAGCGAAAGAGCAGAAGCGUUUUGCUGUGGGUUCAUCCGCCAAGUUAGGGUUCCAAGGGUUUUGUCUCCUCUCCAUCCUCCCCACGAAAAGCAGCGUACAAUAUGGCGUCGGAUAUUGCAAGUGAUUUGAAGGAUGAGAUUUCAGAGCUUGCCCCCUUUGAUCCUACGAAGAAAAAGAAGAAGAAGAAGCCGGUGGCUCAAGAUAUCGCUGAAGAGGUGGAGAAGUUAGUUGAAACAACCGAGACUUUGUCAGUGGAAGAUGCUGGUGAAUCUGUGUUUUCUGGAAUGAAGAAGAAGAAGAAGAAGCAGGUGGAAUUAGACGUGGAUGAAAAUGAGGAAGUGGAUGCAGGGGAGGAUAAUGAUGAUGGAAAAAUUGGUGAGGAUGAGCAAGGAGAGGGAAUUGUAUUUGGAGGCGAACAAUUUCCUUGGGAAGGUACUGACCGAGAUUACAAAUAUGAGGAGCUUCUGGACAGGGUCUUCAAUACUUUACGUGAGAAUAAUCCGUUACUUGCUGGAGACCGGCGCAGAACUGUGAUGAGACCUCCACAAGUUCUCCGAGAAGGAACUAAGAAGACGGUUUUUGCAAAUUUUAUGGAUUCCUGCAAGACCAUGCACAGGCAGCCGGAGCAUGUUAUGACUUUCUUACUUGCUGAAAUGGGAACCACCGGAUCUCUUGAUGGGCAGCAGAGAUUGGUUGUGAAGGGGCGAUUUGCUCCUAAGAACUUUGAGGGUAUUCUUAAGAGAUAUAUCAAUGAGUAUGUUAUUUGCAAUGGCUGCAAGAGUGCAGAUACCAUUCUCUCGAAGGAGAAUAGACUUUUCUUCCUCCGUUGUGAGCAGUGUGGUUCGUCGCGAUCCGUGGCGCCGAUCAAGGCCGGCUUUGUUGCUCGUGUUGGUCGUCGCAAGGCCGGGGCUUAAUUCCAGACUUAGUUUCAAAUGAUUCCUACCUAUCUAAACAGAGAAGCAGUGCUUUGAACUCAACUUAAGCUGGUUUACUUCUGAAUUCUUUUUACAUUUGUGCCAUGCAGUUUUUUUGUAGGCCAGCUGCUAAAUGAACGCUCUUAAAUAUUUGUUCUCGUGCUCAAACAUUCCUUUUUUUGGAGCAGUUUUUAACUAAAUCUGCUUAUUGUUUUUGAAAGAUUUACACACACCCCACUCAA